GCAAGUGGGCAAGGCAAGGGGACAAGGCGAGUGGGCAAGUACAAAGUACGAAGUAGGUAGAUUUACAGGUACCAGUAGGGUAUGUAGCCAGGCUACUGACCUACUACUGCAACUGCUAAGAAAUCCAUCCAUCCAUCCAUUUCCCAUUUUCUCUUUCGCAUUGCACUGCUAUUGUUGAUUUCCACUCCCACUCUCACUCCACCUCUCUCCUCCUUUGUUCUGCCACUUCCGCUAUAAUGAGCCCAUUCACAUCAUUCACACUACCUUUCCUCUUACUUUCACUGUUUUCUUGAAUCUCUCGGCCCCUGGGCGCAAUUACAUUACACACCACCUCCCUACGCGACUCGACAACUCGGAAUCAACGGGACGGAAGUGAGCUCUCGCUCGCCGCUUCCGCCUGCGCCUUCGCCUUGCGCAUACUGUCGUAUUCAAUCGCAUCGCAUCGCAUCGCAUCGCUAUUACUCUCCUCUCCUCCCCCUCCCUCCCCUCCACCCGAACAAACCAUCAGCAGUUCCCGCCAACAGGCUGAAUUCUUCAUUGAAUGAGCCGCCAAAAUGCAGAGGGUCACCUCAAUGCUGCCAUCCUGGGAUAGGACCAAGACCGGAGGCAAGAAGGGUUUUGAUAAGGCCUGGACUUGGGCCGAUAAACGUGAGUCCACCAAGACCCGAGGAUGGUACUCCGUGACGUGGGGAUCAACAAUGCCCGGAAGCUGACAUCAAAGGUCUAGUUGGUGCUCCCGUAAACAGACUGUCCAACAAAAUCGGUUCAGAAGCAUUUUGGCCGACCACUCUCGACAAAGAAUCCGACAAGGCUGCGAGAAUCCUGAGAUCGUUUUGCAGUAGGUUUUACAAAUACCUCGACUUUUCGGCAUCCAGCUACUGAUGUGAUCGACAGAAGAUGGCUUUUAUGCCGAGGAGGAUCGACUGGUGGCGGCAGACACCCCACGAGGGAAACAAAGAGUCUUGAAAAAGAUUCCUCAAAAGGUCAUAGAAGAUGCCGUUGGGCUGGCUAUUUUUACCACAAUGAGAACCGGAUUAUGGGUGUCGGGAGCUGGCGGUUCAGGUAUUCUUCUCGCAAGAAAAGAGGACGGAGAAUGGUCCCCUCCUUCUGGCAUAUUACUACAUACCGCAGGUUUGGGGUUUCUCGUCGGCGUCGAUAUCUACGAUUGUGUGGUGGUGAUCAAUAAUCGCAAGGCACUUGAGGCAUUUACCAAAAUUCGAGCAACAAUUGGAGGCGAGAUCAGUGCGGUUGCCGGUCCUGUGGGGAUAGGCGGGGUUCUAGAAAACGACGGAAAGUGGAAGCAAGCCAAGUAUGUUUUUACUUUGAAUUUGCUCUUCUUGGUUUGCCGACCUAUCAGUUUUCAUUUUACUGACAAAUUACCAGCCGGCCGGUAUUUACCUACCUCAAAUCAAGAGGCUUUUACGCCGGUGUGCAAGUCGACGGCACAGUCAUCAUUGAACGAACCGACGAAAAUGAACGAUUUUACGGUGAACGAAUAGGAGUUGCAGAUAUUCUUGCUGGAAAAGCGCGGCAUCCACCAUGCGAAAUCAAAAUGCUCAUGGAAACGAUAAAGGCAGCGGAGGGGAGAGGAGAUGUGGAUAGAGAAAUCCUUGAAGUUCUCGACGGCCAACCUGCCCCUGGAGAUGCCGAUGUUGUAUCUCCUACCACAGCUAGCGGUCCAACAUUUGGCGUACCGGAACCUGACGACCCCGAUCCAUUUGGCGUUCUGGCUCUCGAGGAAAUUGGGCUAGAGAUCAAGGAAGCUGGAACCAAAAUUCGACCGCACAGCUCCAUGUUUGAAUUCAAUCCAAGUCCGACAAGUCCAUUAUACGGCAGGUUCCAACACCGUGGAAGUAUCGACACACUAGCGACGCAUAGCAACAGGGAAAGUUACAUGUCUUCACGAAGCAGUCGUCCAAGAACGAGUAUAGACAGGUGGACACAAACGACGGAGAUGGGGACACAAACUGAUUUCGACACACCAGGAACGAGUCCUAAUCGCAGCGAUCACAACAAAAGAAUUGAAGAGGAGGAUGAACCAUCCAUUGUUAUACAGGAGCCCGAGGAGAUUGAUUACACCAAGAUAGAUCUAGGUCCAUACAACCACUUGAACCAUAGUCAAGAUUUUGACGGAACGACGGUGGACGAAAGCGAAAGCCCUAGAGAAAAGGAUGAAAAUGAAAGCCCUGGGGAAAAGGAUGAAAAAGAGAUUCCACUUUCAGUUGAUACUAGCUUUGUAUCCGACGACGAGGAUGAGGAUGAUCUCGAUGAUGACGAGGAGCCAAUAAUAUUUGAAGCAGCUUCAGCUCAAGCCACCAUCAUCACACCACAAGCUAUCAAGGCCAAGGGUGGAUUGGUUAAUAUUCCAAAGAGACCACCUCCACCUCCUUUACCACCACGAAAUUCCGCCAGAGCAAGCAGGAAUCUUACUGUUGAUCAGGCAUGCGGACGAAGUCCAGUCCCAAGCCCUUUGAGAAUGGAAUUUGAGGAUGUGGACUUGCAUGGAUCGAGAAGAUCUAGUAUGGGAAAUUUUUCGAAUCGUCUUAGUGUUGGCAACAUAUCGCAUAGACUGAGCAUGGAUAGCAGUAUGGGCCGAGUGCAGGAGGAAGCCGUUUUGGAGGAUUUAGAGAGAACCGAAACUGUCAAAGCGAACUCUACUGAAGCCAUUGAAAGCAAGGUCGAACAUGCCACCAAGGAAUUAGAGGUCGACCCGCUCGCAUCAGCCAUUCAGGGUGUACCGGAGUACAAACAGGUUGUCACGGAAUUCCAGGAUAAGAGCGAGCCAUUGAAGGAUGUUGCAGCUCCUCAGGAGACGCCAAAGAUCGUGGGGGAUGUUGAGAGCCCGUCAGUUAUACCUGAGGCGGUUGUGGAAUCUAAGAAGUGAAUGAAUAUACCAAGAUUUCUGGGGGAGGAAACACGAAUCAAACAUCGUCAGUCAUUUUUUUGAUACAUGAGCGAAAAGCAUGUUACAGGGGUUAAGCAUAUUGAAGAGAGAAAUCAGAGGCGUUCCCAACCCCUCGCGUCGGUCCUUUUUCUCGGAAAGGGGGGGACCUGGAUGAUACGAUAUUUUUUGGAGAGCGAGGAAGAUGAAUGAUAAUAUACCAUUUUUGUUUCUACGACUGGUUGGUCUCAUUUGGAUAUUGGGGUUGCUUGGGCUGUGUAGAUUUGGGAUCUUUGGAUGGUUGGGAAUGGAAUGGAAUGCCUAGAACUAUUUUCCGGAUAUUUUGGAUAUUUUGAUCUCAAGGCAUCGGAUCGGUCACUUGUUAUGAUAUGAAUGGUACAAACUUAACUUUAACUUUUAGUGGAUAAUUUUUAUAACUAUAUCUUAUCUUUAUUUUGUAGGAGGAGAGGAAAGGGGGGAGAGAUGGGGGAGCGAAAUGGAAGGCCAGGAAGGAAAGGGACGAGGGUUGGCGAAGAAGGGGGUUUAGUUAGUUGGAUAGUUGGAUAGAUGGAAUGGUGUUGUUGUGUUAUAUCAUGUAUGAAUGAAUAGAUAAUAUGGAUAAUAUGGAUAUGAAUCUGGAUAUAUUAUCAUCAUUUACCUACGUAUAGAUAUUAGAUAUAAAU